GGAGGGGACAGAGGCGUGUACGUCCUCUCUCCCCCUGCUCUGCCCUCCCACCAGCUCUAACUUUGUAAAUCUUCAGAGAGCUUAGGGGAGGGGCGGAAGCAAGGCUGCAUGAGGCGCAGAUUUGCACCUCACACCGGAACUAUAUUAGCGAGUGAGUGGGCGGAGCCUCUGCAAGGACGGACAGUCAGGCUGACAGUGACAGGUGGUGCAGUGGUCUCCUUGCGCCGUAUCAGUAGCGGUCAUGUUGUGUAGACUAAGCGUGUGCGCUAGGACAAGCCUUAGACUUGCGCCUGCUUUGGCCUCAAGACAGAAGCAUUCACUGCCAGACUUGCCUUAUGAUUAUGGUGCACUUCAGCCCCAUAUUAGUGCUGAGAUCAUGCAGCUCCACCACAGCAAACAUCAUGCUGCUUAUGUGAACAACCUAAACAUUGCAGAGGAGAAAUAUGCUGAGGCCCUGGCGAAAGGGGAUGUGACUGCUCAGGUUGCUCUUCAGCCUGCCCUUAAAUUCAAUGGUGGCGGACAUAUUAAUCACACUAUUUUCUGGACAAAUCUUUCUCCCAAUGGAGGGGGAGAACCUCAAGGUGACCUGUUGGAGGCAAUCAAACGGGACUUUGGCUCUUUUGAGAAGUUUAAGGAGAAGCUGACUACUGUGUCAGUGGGAGUCCAGGGAUCAGGAUGGGGCUGGCUAGGUUACAACAAAGAAUCCAAUCGCCUGCAAGUUGCUUCCUGUGCCAAUCAGGACCCUCUCCAAGGAACAACAGGUCUCAUCCCUCUUCUAGGUAUUGAUGUUUGGGAGCAUGCUUACUACUUACAGUACAAGAACGUUAGACCGGACUAUCUAAAAGCAAUCUGGGAUGUUAUCAACUGGGAGAAUGUAUCAGAAAGAUAUCGGGCCUGUAAAAAAUAAACUUUAUUUUUAUAGUAAUCUGCUCCAUCCUAUAUAAGCACUUAGAACCCAUUACAAUUGUAGGUGGACUUCCUUAGAUGUUUGUUAAUUUUCUUAUGUUACAAAAGCCAUGCCUUCUCAUUCAGAAUACUUACAGCACCUUUACACUUCUGCAAACCUGUGAAGAGUUUUGCUUGAUUUCUGCUUACAAUAAAAGCGACUGAAAGAUCUGAAAUAUC